AUGCCCUUCGAUACAACCGAAGAUCUGGACGAUCUUUACGGAAUUCUUGCUGGUCAUGAUUCCUUCGGCGCGCAACCAGUCCAUCACGAUACAUCACAGCCAGAUUACCCAAUAAUGCCUGGCGGUAUCAUACCGGGACCACUUAACCCUGAGCAGUCACAGCUUCCAUGUGUUAACUUAGUAAUUGAGGACAUCUCCAUAUCACCAUUUCUGGGUACAGAUCCUUUACAUCUUGUUGAAGGUACAACAGAAUUUCAGGACUUUUGUAGAGAUGUUGACUUUGGGGAAACAGCUACUGAAGAUGAUGGGCACUCUCCAUCAAGUCCAAGGAGUCAUCUCAGGUCGCCUGUUUACAAGGUUCCCCAACUCCAUAGUGACUCUCCGGAGAACAUCUCUGUUCUUUUUGAUCGUCGCAUAUGCGAGGUUUUAUGCAUCAAGGACAGCUCAACCGGGAAUCCAUGGCGAAAGAUCGUCUGGCCCAUGGCUAAGGAGCACACUGCGCUUUAUCACGCAAUCGCUGCCAUGACAUGCUUUCAGGGAUUCAAUAAUCUCCCGCAACAUCGAGCCAUAGGACUAAGACACCUCAAGUAUGCAGUUCAUCAGCUCACAGUCAUGGAGUCUAGCGGUUGUAAGCCCGAGGCGACUAUCACUACGACGCUGGCCGUGAGCCUAGCUCAGGCCUGGUGCCAUCCUCGAUCUUCUACAACUACGAGUUAUAUAAGAAAAGGAGCCGAGCUUCUUCGAAAGGCACUAAUAGAACAUCAGUCUUCUCAGCGUCCCAUAAAUGAGCUGAUUGGCUUAGGCUUCCUUUCAAAUACCUGGAUAUAUAUGGAUACCAUUACGCGCGUUACAUGCCAUGACGGAAACUUCAUGGAUUUACCGCUCAUGUCAGAUUGCAGCGUAUUCAGCUCCACAUCUUUAGGCUCCACGGUAGAUCCUCUCAUGGGAUGCGCUGGGCCACUAUUCCCUCUUCUUGGCGGCGUAGCUGAUCUUGUCAACCGGGUUCAGAGAAAGCAGGAAAAGCUUAACUCACCAGCAAUUGUCUCUGCGGCAGUCCGUCUAAAGACUUCAAUCGAACGAUGGGAACCCUGCACUGAGCUGGAUGAAGAACCCCGGGAGACGCAACUGUCUUCAAGCGCGAUUGAUCUGAUACAAACAGCCAAUGCGUAUAAGUGGGCAACCUUGCUGCUUCUUCACCAGGCGGUGCCGGAGCUUCCGACACAAGCUUCGUUACAGGACAUGGCCAGAAAGGUCCUGAACCUUAUAGCGACUGUCCCGGAAGAUUCUCAUGCAGCCAUAUUUCCCGUAAUGCCGCUGAUGAUUGCGGGUUGCGAGGCCACCGAGAUUGAGGAUCGGAACUGGGUGUCUGAUAGGUGGGGAGUUUUAGGUUCUCGACUUACCUCGGGACUUGUCAACAGAUGUUUGGAAAUUACAGCAGAGGCUUGGAAAAGACAUGACAAGUCAUCUAACGCAACUCGUGGUGACAAGGCUUCCUCUAGCCCUUCAUGCUCGACAACGAAGCGCGAAAUACAUUGGAUGAACGUCUUGAAGGACUGGGGUUGGCAAGUUAUGCUGGGCUGA